AUGAUGUCCUGCUUUGUCUGGCUCUCCCUGCACACCUUGGUUAACGCCUUUGCGACCGCGGGAAAGUUGCCCCUCGGCGGGAGCCUGGAGGAGACUUUUGUAAUGCCGAACAUCUCGGGUUUCUUUCCCUGGGAUAACGACAGCCUGGCUGACUGGCAGAGCUUUGUGGGCAGGAGCCGGUACGGAGCCGAGUCGCAGAGCAUCACGGUGAAAGCCCUGCUCGUCGCAGCCUACUCCUUCAUCAUUGUCUUCUCCCUGUUCGGCAAUGUCCUGGUCUGUCACGUUGUCAUCAAGACCAAGCGCAUGCGCUCCGCCACCAGCUUGUUCAUUGUGAACCUGGCUGUAGCUGAUCUCAUGAUCACCCUCCUCAACACACCUUUCACGCUGGCUCGUUUUGUGAACAGUACCUGGAUAUUUGGGAAGGGGAUGUGCCAUGUCAGUAGGUUUGCACAGUACUGCUCCCUCCACGUCUCUGCCUUCACCCUGACAGCCAUCGCCGUGGACAGGCACCAGGUUAUAAUGCACCCUCUGAAACCUCGCAUAUCUACUGCAAAAGGUGUCAUCUACAUCUGUGUCAUCUGGAUCAUGGCAACUUGUUUCUCUCUACCACACGCUAUCUACCAAAAACUCUUUACCUUUGAAUACAGUGAGGAGGUCACCCGCUGCCUGUGUCUGCCAGACUUCCCCGAGCCUGCCGACCUCUUUUGGAAGUACCUCGACUUAACAACCUUCAUUUUGCUCUAUGUCCUUCCCCUUCUGAUCAUCACUGCUGCCUACAUGACAGUGGCCAAGAAACUCUGGCUGCGCAAUGUCAUCGGGGACGUCACCACUGAGCAGUACUUUGCCCUUCGCAGAAAGAAUAAGAAGACCAUAAAGAUGCUGAUGCUUGUUGUCGUCCUCUUUGCGGUCUGCUGGUUCCCCUUGAAUUGCUACGUCAUCCUCCUCUCCAGCCAGACCAUCCACACCAACAAUGCCCUGUACUUUGCCUUUCACUGGUUGGCAAUGAGCAGUACCUGCUACAACCCCUUCAUCUACUGCUGGCUCAACGACAGCUUCCGAUCAGAGAUGAAGGCUUUGCUCCACCUGUGCAGGAAACCUCCUGAAGGGCCUGCAGAACACAGGCUUCCCUCCACGGUCCCGUCCUACCGAUGGGCUUGGACAGAAAACGUCCACUUCAGGAGGUUGCAGGCCUCCCACAUCCUUCCAUCAGCCUCCAACAUCCAGUCAGGAAGGACAGACGUCUCUGCAGUUGAACCGAUCAUCGCUAUGAGCUAA